AUGUUUGCUGCUCGUCGUCUUACCGCCGGUGUCCCUCGCACCUUGUCCCAAAGGGCCCUUUUCCACAGCACGGCACCCGCUUUUGUUCAGAAGGGAGACGCCAUCCCCGACCUUGAUGUCCUGGUUGAGAACUCGCCCGGCAACAAGGUGAACCUCGCCAAGGAGCUCAAGGGCAAGGGCGUCAUCGUCGGUGUUCCUGCUGCCUUCAGCCCCGCCUGCUCUGCCACCCACGUUCCUGGAUUCAUCAACCACCCCAAGCUGAAGGAGGCCGGUCAGGUCUUCGUUGUUGCAGUCAACGACCCUUUCGUCACCAAGGCAUGGGCUACCUCCCUUGACCCCGAGGGCAAGAGCGGCAUCCGCUUCUUGGGUGACCCCAGUGGCAAGUUCUCCGAGGCCCUGGAUGUGACCUUCGACAGCGCUUCCAUCUUUGGAAACAACCGCAGCAAGCGUUACGCCCUGCUUGUCGAGAACGGCAAGGUCAAGGAGGCUUUCGUGGAGCCCGACAACAUCGGUCUUGACGUCUCUGCGGCCGAGAAGGUCUUGGCCUAA